AUGGCUCCCGGGAUCCUGAUCGACGAUACGACCAGCCGCGAUGGCCGCGUACUGGAGGAGACUUCAGACUACAUUGACACUGUCAAUGUCAUCAAGGGCCAGAAGUCGGACGACUUCAACACCGAGUCAAAGUUCGAUUCCGACAAGGAUAAGACACAAUUCAGACAAUAUGACGAAGCAUGCGAGCGAGUCAAGAAUUUCUACCUCGAGCAACACACCAAGCAAACGGUGGCAUACAACCUCAAAGCCCGAAACUGGUUCAAGUCGCGGCCACGCCAUGAGAUGACCAUCUGGGAGGCCAUGGAGAAACUCAACACCCUUAUUGAUGAUUCGGACCCUGAUACCAACCUGUCCCAGAUCGAACAUCUCCUGCAGUCGGCCGAGGCGAUCCGGCGAGACGGCAAGCCUCGGUGGAUGCAGCUCACGGGUUUGAUCCACGACCUGGGCAAACUCCUUUACUUUUACGGCUCCCAAGGCCAAUGGGACGUCGUUGGCGACACGUUUCCCGUGGGCUGCGCCUUUGACAAGCGCAUCAUUUACCCCGACACGUUUGCGGAGAACCCAGACAGCAAGGACCCCAUCUACAGCACCAAGGACGGCAUUUACUCCAAGGGCUGUGGUCUGGACAAUGUCAUGCUGUCGUGGGGACAUGACGAAUAUCUCUACCACGUUGUCAAGGACCAGUCGACGCUGCCCGAUGAGGCGCUGGCCAUGAUCAGGUACCACUCGUUCUACCCGUGGCACAAGGAAGGGGCCUAUCGUGAGUUCAUGGACUCGCAUGACGAGCAGAUGUUGCAGGCGGUGAAGGCUUUCAACCCGUAUGAUUUGUACAGCAAAAGCGAUGGGGUUCCCGACAUCAAGGAGCUCAAGCCUUAUUACAUGGAGCUCAUCAAUGAGUACUUCCCCCAGGGGGCAAUCAAAUGGUAG